GCUUUAAGAGGCUGCGCGACCCCGCCGAUCGGGAAGACCCGCGCGAUGGAGACCGCCAGGGACUACGCCGGAGCCUUCUUCAGGCCCCUGACACUCGUGGGAUCACAAACUAAGAGGGUUCUGCUGGCACCUCUCACACACUCAGCUCGCCCCUUCCGGGUCUCGAACCAUGACCGAAGCAGCCGGCGCGGGGUGAUGGCCAGCAGCCUGCAGGAGCUCAUCAGCAAGACUCUGGAUCUUCUGGUCAUCACGGCUGGACUAGUCACGCUCGUGCUGGAGGAGGAUGGCACUGUGGUGGACACAGAAGAGUUCUUUCAGUCCUUAGGGGACAACACUCAUUUCAUGAUCCUGGAAAAGGGACAGAAGUGGACACCGGGGAGCAAGUACGUUCCAGUCUGCAAGCAGCCCAAGAAAUCAGGAAUAGCCAGAGUCACCUUCGACCUGUACAGGCUGAAUCCCAAGGACUUCCUCGGCUGCCUCAACGUCAAGGCCACCAUGUAUGAGAUGUACUCGGUGUCCUAUGAUAUCCGAUGCACGUCAGUCAAGGCCAUGCUGAGGAGUCUGCUGCGGUUUCUGUCUUACGCCGCCCAGGUGACGGGACAGUUCCUCAUCUACAUGGGCUCGUACAUGCUCCGAGCGCUGGGCGACACCGAGGAGCGGCUGCCCCCUCCCAAGCUGCCCGCCAAGGGCUGGUUCAUGUAGCCGGGCUCACUGCCACCAGAGGGCUCUUGGCCCAGACACACGGCCCGUGUUAUUCACUACUUGCUUUUGCAGGCCGUGGGUUCACUUGUGCCCAAAAGGGACUCGAGGGGAAGGAGAAAAGGCUGGUGGCACUGAGUGGAACUCUGAGCAGCAGCAAGGUGGCCUGGUGGGGGAAGGAGCUGCAGAGAGGCUUCAGGGAUUUUGGGGACCAAACAGCAGGUGUGUCUGGGAGCAGCAUGCAUGCACGCGAGACCCUUCGGGUCCUCUCCUACCGCAAUAAAUUGAUCACAAGAAUCACCGCAGUAGUAA